AUUACAGCGUAGCUCUGAGAAGGGAGGUACUUGUGUGGUGGGGGCUAUUUUUUAUGAUCCAAGGGGCAGAUAUGGUAUAAAUACUCACAUCAUUGUACUGGGAGGCAGCAAAUUCUCCAACGUGCUCCUAACCUAAGGAUAUACAGCAGCAGUAGGAGGACAGUGGUGCUGAAGAUUUCUUACCCCUUUUUUGGAACUCCAACUCACUCAACUGCAUGCUGAAAAUGGAAGUAAGAGUAUUGAGCAUCCUCCUCCUCCUGGUGGCCUUGACAGCUGUUCAUGGUAGUGGUACAUAUGUAGUGAAGAAAGUAAUAAAGGCCUCCCCCCAAUACCAGCCCUACUCUGUGAAGAGCCACGUGGUGUCAGUGGCAGGAGAGCCCGGUACCCCAGGUGAGCCCGGCCCAGAGGGCCCCCCUGGCCCACCUGGCCCUGCAGGGGAAAGCGCUGUGGGACAGCCCGGACCAGAGGGCCCUGCCGGACCACCCGGACCUGCUGGCUAUUCCGCACCUGCCAAACCUGGCUCCCCAGGUGGUCCUGGUAAGCCUGGUGUUCCUGGUGCAGCUGGUGAGAAAGGAAAGGUGGGGGCAGCUGGACUUCAGGGUCCCAGGGGCAUGCCUGGACCUGCUGGAAGCCCCGGACCUGCUGGGAUCUCUUCCACUGGCAUACCUGGACCUCACGGUCUGCCUGGAGCAAUGGGACCAAGGGGGGAAACAGGUCUUAAGGGACAUCCAGGUGUGCCUGGUUUGUCAGGAGCUAAAGGGGACAGAGGAGUGGGUAUCCCAGGGGCACAAGGUGAGACAGGGGCUGUGGGACCUAUGGGACCAGCUGGGCAGCCUGGAGCAGUCGGUGUUGGAAAGCUAGGCAAGCCAGGAUUCCCAGGUGAGGCAGGAAAGUCAGGUAGCCCAGGUAGGGAUGGGGCCGCUGGUCCCAUUGGAUUGCCAGGUGCUAAGGGCCACACUGGGGCUCCUGGUGUAGGUCAGCCCGGAAAACCAGGUGAUAAUGGGGCUCCAGGUAUGCCUGGUUCAUCUGGUCCUAAAGGUCAUCAGGGAGCAACUGGAGCAACUGGUGCUCCUGGUAUCCCUGGAUAUGGAAAGCCAGGAGCAAAUGGACAGAAAGGUGAAAGGGGAGUUGUAGGAAGCUCAGGUACCACAGGUCAGAAGGGUGAGCCAGGAGCACAUGGAUUCACUGGAGCUACUGGUGCUACUGGGCCCAUGGGUCCUGCCAGUCGUCAGGGUGCAAGAGGCUUCCAGGGAGAUACUGGGGCAAUGGGACCCAAAGGUGACACAGGUGCAAUGGGACCCCAGGGACCAAAGGGAUAUAAGGGAGAUCAGGGAGCACAAGGUUUCCAGGGCAAGCAAGGUUAUACUGGGGAAACAGGGCCAACUGGUGCCAGGGGAGCCACUGGAGCUCCAGGUAACAAAGGUGACACUGGCCACACAGGUUCAACUGGUGAUUCAGGUGUCCCAGGACCUGCCGGGCCCAAAGGUUUCCCAGGGCGCAAUGGUGAGGCAGGGGAGGCUGGAGCUGCCGGCGCCCCAGGUACGAGAGGCCCGGUUGGGCCUGCUGGUCCCGCAGGUACACCUGGUCUUAAAGGACACCCAGGUCUCCCUGGCACACCCGGCCCAGCUGGACUGGCCGUUAAGGCAAUCCCCGGCCCUCAGGGUCCCCCUGGGCUCCCUGGUAGUGAUGGUCAGGAUGGUGGCCAAGGCCCUGCUGGACUUCCCGGCCCACCUGGUCCUCCUGGCGAGGUAAUUUUCGAGAAGAGCAUAGGCAUGGGUGAGAUUAUGGUGCCUACUCUUGUCAAGGCCCCAAUGUCUGCUUUCUCUGUUUCCCUGGCUAGUCCUUAUCCUCCAUCUGGGGAACCCAUUAAGUUUGACAAUGAGGUGUACAAUGCAGAGAAUCACUAUGACACUACCACUGGGAAGUUCACUUGCCAGGUCCCUGGAGUCUACUACUUCUCAUACACCAUUCACGUGAAUGGGGCUCAUGCUCUGGUGGCUCUGUACAAGAACGUCAAACCAGUCAUGUUCAGCUAUGAUGAGUACAACAAGGGCUUCUUGGACCAGAUGUCCGGUAGCACUGUCCUUAUGCUUGAUGUGAAUGACACAGUCUACCUUCAGAUUCCCGAUGAUGAGGCCAAUGGCGUCUUUGCCGCUGAGAACGUCCACUGCUCUUUCUCUGGGUUCCUUAUCGCUUCAACGUGAUACGAUCUCACCCAAUAACCACACAACAAAAUCCGCAAGCUAUUUAUCAAACAAGUUAUCUCCCUGUCUUUACCAACCAGGCAGUUCUCUCUUUUUUGAGGAAUAGAAGCAUCUCAAAUUAAAAAUACAAGAAGUGGGUGCUAAGAGGAAGGAAAUAAAUUAUCUAACAAGUUAUCAGGGAUGGGGAGGCAAUCAACAAAGUUAUCAAUGAUUCAGAGUUUUAUUUUGUGAGUGGAAGCAACAUGUGAAAUUGAGGUGUUAUGGCUUUGUUGUGUCCUGAAAUUUUCUUAUUUCACUUUUUUUUCUUUUUUUACUGAUUACAGCAAGUGAUUCUUGUUUUUGUACAACCUUUUUUUGGUGACCAAUCAGAUGCAUUAAUUACUUUCUGUGCACCAUGUUGUACCUGACUUCCUUGUAUGUGACUUGAAUAUUGUGAAAUGGCAAUGGUCAAAUUGACCAUAAGAAAUAAAACAAGAUAUAACACA